AUGGCGACUGCAUUGCAGAAGGCUAGGACCGUAGCACUGUACCGGGACAGCCUGAAGACACUGCUUAGCUGGGCAGUAGCGCGCGAUAUUUUCUAUGUGAAGACCGGACACGACCAGAUAGAACGUGCCCUGGCCCGUGGCGAGGAGCGCCUGCGCUCAUAUGCGCACCCAGACCCUUACAUUGUGCCCUACCGGCCUGGAGGCUCCCUGUACGCGCGGAACCCACCCUUCCCCGAUGGGAUCAGCAUGCACAUGGACUUUGGGCGUGAGGGCGGGCAUUGA